AUGAAGCACAACGUUUCUACUGUGGAGCUAUGGUGUACAACUGGCCAACCAGAAAACAGUUUACUGAGAGGUCGUUGUGUGGGUUACCGUAGCAACGACCAACAAACUAAGUGGACCAGCCUUACUACGCGAUUACACGAAGUGACCCCAUCUGGCCUGUCCAAUCUAAACUUAAAACACGCAGUUGACUUUAUUCAAACUGGAUCCAAAAUGACAACCGUUCAGGUUCCCCCGCGAAAAAAGAGGCUAAAGUCUCUGCCCUGCAACCUUAAAUUUACUGUGAAGGAGGAAGCGCCACGAAGGGUGACUCCAUCUGUUUAUACCCAGGAGAUGUUACGGUCUACAGAGGAGUGCCAACAUAAUACAAAGGAGGUGCAACCACCCCGUAUCCUAGAACUGUUUGACAUGAGCAAGACAACACAUCACAAAAUGUCCUCGGUGGGCAUGGAUCAGCCACUUUUCCAGCCGUUCCCAUCAAAGUUGGUCUUCCAGAAUUUUACUCCUGCACAAACUUACAAAUUACCUUUAGUUCUCAUCAACAAUGACAAGGUUCCAAGAAAAGUGAAGGUGGAGCUGCAGGGUUCAGAGUAUUUCCAUGUGGUUGGUCCAGAGGAUGCCAGGAGAAGUGUUGCACCAGGAUUGUCUGCUACUUUUACUGUUCUCUUCACCCCACAGGAAAACAAGGAUUACUGCCACAAUCUAGUUUGUGUGACGGAGAGAGAGCAGUUUGAGGUCCCUAUCCACGCCAUUGGGCCACGUGCCAUACUAGACUUUCGGGAUGAGUUCCAUUUACCUAUCUGUCCUGUUAAAACCUCCACGCAGAGGACUCACUUUGUCCGCAACAUAGGAAACAGUGAGGCCAAGUUCACUCUUCAUACACAGAGGCCUUUCACAGUGACGCCCUCCUCUGGAACUCUUGAAGUAGGACAGGGCAUGCUGGUAACUGUGGAUUUCAAUCCAGUGGCUGUAGGAGAAUACAGCCAGGACCUGAUUCUGCACUACCACACUGGUGAAGAUGUGCACAUUGCCUUGUAUGGAGUUUGUGAGGAGGUGAACAUUCAGCUUGUUCCUGACUUUGUCCUGUUGCCGAAGGCUUACAUUUCUCUGGCCAGUCUAUACACAGUGUCCCUCAUCAACAGGAGUGAUAUACCUGUAAAAUACUGUUGGACAGCAUGGCCCAGCCUGCAAGAGGAGGCCCUUAGUCUAUUGAGGGACAACUCAGUGCUGAAACUGAAGGAGGAGAAGACGGAGCAAUUACUAUAUCUCUGUGAGUCUGAUCCGACAGCAAUCCAUCGCCUCCCGCUGCUGUCCACAGCCUUGCAGGAAUACAGAAGCCAGGCUGUGAAGGACCACCUCCUGGCCCUUUCACACAGCUGCAUAACUGUGGAACCAGCGGAGGGUGAAAUAUGGCCGAACAUGACAGCAGAGUUCAGGAUUGUCUUCAAGCCAGAUGAGGCCAAACUGUACCAGCAAACCAUAUAUUGUGAUGUUGCAGGUCGUGAAUCCCGCUUACCUUUGACAAUAAAGGGUGAAGGUUUGGGACCUGAACUUCAGCUCAGAUAUAACCUGAUGGACAUGAAAAAUAUAUACAUUGGUGACAGAGAAAGUUAUGAGGUGCAUAUGUCUAACACAGGACUGAUUGAUGCAGCUUUCCACAUUUCAUGCCCAGACACCACUUUUGGAUGCUGUUUCUCCUUCAAUCCUGAGGAAGGUGUUGUUCCCACUGGGGCCAACCAGAUUGUUACGGUGACCUUCCACAGUCAAAUCUUGGGAUCUUUCUCUGAAGACUUGCUGCUAACUGUCAAAGGACAGCCUCAGCCACUUACAUUGACCUUCAGGGGAAGUGUCAUUGGUCCAACAUUCCAUUUUGAUAUUUCAGAGUUUAAUUUUGGAGAUGUAGCCUUUGGCUUCCCAAAAACAUUGACUUGUACCCUCUUCAACACCUCCUAUGUGCCAAUGACCUUUGCCCUGCGUGUUCUUGGAGAUGGAUCUGGGUCUCCCAGUGUGACUUAUUUAAGUUGGAUAAACAGCACCAUGAGAGAUGUGCGUGCACAUCCUGUGGAGUUUACCAUCAGCCCUGCAGCAGGGUCUGUGCGGGCUUUUUCAGAUGUCACAAUUAAGCUGGAACUGUGCUCCAACACAGUCAAGAGAUACAGGCUGGCACUGGUGGUUGAUGUUGAAGGUGUUGGUGAGGAAAUCAUGACUCUGCCUAUUAACGCCAGAUGUGUUGUGCCUAAUAUUUUGGUGGAGACUCCAGUCUUGGACUUUCAAAGAUGUUUCCUUGAUUCCCUUUCCAUACAGCAAGUGAGACUGACCAACACCAGCUCUCUGCCUGCAUGUGUUGCAGUGCUUGACCAGGAUUAUGAGAACAGAUCAAUGCUUUUUGGUUGCUCGUGUUCCAGAGGUAGUGUUUGUCCCAAUUCUUCAGUGGAACUUCCAGUGUACAUGCUGGCAAGGGCUGUUGGAAGACUACAUCACACUCUACGCAUUAUGGUGUUUGGCAGCAUCCUGCCUCCACUGGAGGUGCCUUUGUCAUGUUUUGGGCAGGGACCAAUAGUUCAAGUUAAUAGCCGACAGCUGGACUUUGGAAAAAUACCAGUUCUCAGAGACAUAACCAGAACCCUGAAGCUAUCAAACCAGUCACCUAUUCCAGCCCACUUUACUGCAAAAGUGUACCAUAAAAAGCCCUUUUGGCGUGUUGAGCCCAGUGAGGGUGAAGUGCCACCUGAGAGCCAGCUGGAGGUCAAUGUAGUGGCUCACCUGAGGGACACUCUUGAUUUCCAAGCCAGGCUGGAUGUAUCCAUCAAGGAUGGUCAAACACACUCUAUCCCACUUUCCGCCACAGGAACUGGCACCACAAUUGUCAGUGACAGGCCUUUUGCUCCCAGUCUGGAUCUAGGCACAUUCUUAAGCCAUGAGACCUGCCAGUACCACUUCAAGCUGACCAACCACGGCCAGCGAGUUCAUCGAUUAUAUUGGAGUAGACAAGACUUCCUGCCCCCCACAAAAACUUGCAAGAGGGGAAGCUUAUCUGGCCAUACCAUAUUGCCCCCAAUCUCUUCUCCCAAAGAGAGAAACAGUCCAGACCGUGUGUCUUUUCCUAGCAGAGAGCAGCCCAUGUCCAGCCUCAGGCCUACUCGAGUGGAGCUUUUCCCAGACUCUACUGUUGACAUGGUGCUGACAGUGUCUUCGAACUCCCCCAAGGUUGUAAGGGAGCGUUUGGUGUGCCAUGGCAUUGUGGGUAACCAGGGCUGUAAUCAGCACAUCAUGACUGUGGAUGUUACCUGUCGCUUUGUGGCUCCAGUGCUCAGCUUUUCCUCCAAGAAGCUGAACUUCUAUAUGGAGAAGGUCCCAGGAAAGAAUCUGACACCCUUAUAUGAAAAGCUGAUCUUGAGGAACGCGUCCUCUCUGUCUUUAACCGUGGAGCUGUCUCUUGUUGAGCCAUUCUCUCUUUGUGAUGCUCAAAGAGCCUACAGCUCAUUGACCACUAAGUCCAUUGUCUUAGGUGACAGAGGGCAAGCUGAAUUGUGGAUAUGCUUUAAUCCGGCAGACUACCAGGAUCGGGUAUCACGAGUCGUGGAUCAGUUCCUUGAGGUAAACUACCAGGGACACCCGCAACAAGACAUAGUGGAGCUGCAUGCUGAGGUCCACUUCCCCAACCUACACUUCCCCCUGAACACAGUGGAUUUUGGCUGUGUGCUUAAUAGCACAUUGACUAAGAAAGUAAUCUCAAUCACCAACUGCUCCCCACUGCCUGUGUACUAUCAGUGGGAUUUCCUUGAAGACAAGAAACAAUGCACCAUCAGCCCCAGUGCCGGUGCAGAUGAACAGCAAAGCACACAUAGAACACCACGUGUCGAAGAGGCGUUUGAUGUCAUACCGGUAUAUGGUAAUUUGCAACCUGGGGAUGAGCAGCCUGUGACAUUCUCCUUCUAUGGCCUCAAAAAUGUCAGCAGAGAGUUGACAGCACGGUGCCGUGUAGAAGAGGGACCCACGUAUGAGAUCACGCUCAGAGGAGAAGCAUCAGUCAUCAGCUACAGUCUCGACAGUAGCCAUGUGGACUUUGGCCCACUGCUUUUUGAUCAUGUAGGGGAGGCUGAGGUGACCCUAAAGAAUACUGGCAAGAUAGGCUUCAAAUUCCUGAUCAUAGACCUUCAAAGUGGAGAUAAUGAGGAGGCAGAGGGAAAGAAGAAGAACUCAGAAGAGGCUGAGCAGCCACCUAAUGCACAGCAACGAAAAAGUCAUGGGGAAAUUAAGAAAGGAGAAGAGAUCAGGCCUGGCCAGCCCAUGGUCAUCCCCAGCAUGGGUUACAUUGAUGCUAAUGCAGAGCUGUGUUUACGGGUUCUCUACCUUCCUGGAGUACCUGAGGUGUUUGAAAAGCGACUUCAGCUGCAGGUGGCUUACCUGCCGCCACAGGGCAUCACUCUGACAGGAGAGGGGUUGUUCCCAAGGAUCAGCCUCGACUUACCACAAAAUAUUUCCGAGGAAUACUACAGUGAUUUGAUGCAGCAAGCUAGAGCAGCUGUGGAGGCAUGUAGAACCAAAGAGGAGUUUAGAAAUGGAAACACCACAAAGAGAGUAGAAGCAACAACUGAAUCUCCUGGCACUCCCACAAAUGAAGAGCUACUUCACAUGGAGAUUGAGAAAGCACUGGUCAAACAGAAUGCUCUCAGUGUGACUGCUCUCCUGCUGGAGCUCAGUGACUCACAAGGUUCCAGAGAGUGGCAAAAACUCAGCAAGUUAACGCUACCAGAGUACAUCUUGGAUUUUGGUUUCGUAGUUCCAGGCAAAGUUCUCAGUCACACUGUUAAAAUCACAAAUACUGGGUCAGUGGCAGUGUCCUUCCAUGCCAAUCUUAAAUGUCUGGCUGGCACAGGAUUCAGUGCAGACUUUGAAAGAGUGAAAGACCUGCCCUGCAGAGAGAGACAUUCUUUCACAGUUAAAUUUGACCCCCAGGGAGCUAACCUGGAGAUGGGGGACAAAAAUGUUGUCAUGCCAAUACAGGUCACAGGCGGUCCAAGCAUUCAGGUGCGACUAUGUGCAGUAAUGACUGUACCUUCAAUUGCUGCCUCAGCUGAUAGCCUGCAGUUUGACACUUUGCAGUGUGGCAUGUGUCAGAUGAAGACAAUACACCUGUUCAAUAAUGAGCCUGUGCCCUGCCACUGGAGCAUCGCUGAGGAGGUGAAGCCUUUUAAAAAGGUAGAUAAGUUCCUUCCACUCUACCAGCGGAAGAAAGUCUUGCAGGGGCAGCGACCCCCACCAGUGGUAUUUGAGACGAUCCCAAGCUCUGGUAUGCUGGCACCUGGGGAACGAGUCAGUGUCCAGAUAAAGUUUAGCCCUGUUGAGGAGAAUGUUUACAACAGACAGCUUGUUGUCCAAGUGGCUGAGAGCAAGCAGAAGGUGUUCAUUAAAGCAUCUGGGAAGGCUGAGGACUUACAACUGGAGUUCUGCCCAUCUGUGCUGGAGCUGGAGCCAUGUCUGCCAUUCAGCACUGAGGCUGAAGCAGAGGUUACAGUGAGGAAUCCCUGCUCUUUUCCCAUUGAAUUCUACUCCCUGGACUUUGACACUCAGUAUCUCGAGGAAGAAAAGAUCCUGCGUUUGAUGCAGGGUUAUGAUGAAAACAACAUACUACUGCUUCCCCCCAGGGCACCUGGAGAAAGUCUCCCUACAGAAUUGCUUGACUAUUAUGAGGAGUACUGUUCCCAGCUGAAAGACGAUGCUGUGCUUGAGGAAAACGUGGAUGAAAGCAUGACCUGGAUUGAUGAAAGUCAUGAAAAUGAAACGAUGUCAGAACAAAAAUGUGCUCACCAAUCAGACACCACAAAACCAGCUGAAUUAUUCAUUUCAGAGAUGAACAGAGAGGGAAGCAGUGGAAGACUGGGUCAGCUUGAGAUGACGCCUGUUUCCAGAGCAAUUGCCCGCCACAUGUGCAUUGACCUUUCACCAGAGGGUCUGGCUGCACGCAACCGCAGAGGCAUUGCUAUUAUUGUAUACGGAGCUCCACUCAUAGGUAAAAGCAAGACAGCUGCUGCUCUGGCACAACACUAUGGAGGGACAAGUUUGAGUGUUGAUGCUGUGGUGACAGAUGCUCUGAUGAAUAGUGUCUCUCCUGCCAGCAUGAAUGCCAGACAACUUUAUGACUGUGCUGCUGCCAAGUAUGCUGAGAAGAAGGCUGAGGAGCCUGAAACCACAGAUUUAAAACCUGCAACCCAUCUUGAAGCCUUUGACCCAUCUCCUAAUUCAGGUUCAGCUUCAAAUGAUGCUGUGAAAGUAUUUAAAAAACCCAGCGAAGACGACAGCAAUCUCUCUAAUAAUCCUCAUGAGACUGCAAUCUCCAAAUUGGCCCUUUGUCUGGGAGGAGAUAAGGGAGCGCUUAGUAGUCUUUUGCCUGAGCAGCUACUGGUGGAUGUCCUCGCAGAGAGAUUUCAGCUGAGAGACUGCUACCGUGGCAUUGUGAUUGAUGGCCUUAACUCUGUGUACACUCAGUCAGCGGCAAGCACAGUGCAAGUUGUUCUCAAGGCCCUGGAUAACCGAAAACACAUCUAUGUUGUCAACUUGUGUGACUCUUAUAAGAGGGCACAGAGAGAAACUGAGGAGACCACUCAGAGAGAGAAAAGAGACAGGGAGGAGCAGUGGCUGAAAGAGCUUGAUGAGGAAGAGUAUGAUGCUCUGCCUGAGGAGGAAAAGAAGCGCAUUGACCUGCAAUUUAAAGAAAAGUUCAGAGAGCCCAAGCAAAGGGAGCUCAAACAAAGAGAGAAAGAGAAGGAAGAGAAAAGGCUGCUGGAGGAAAUGAGGUUGAAAGAAGAAGAGCUGACGAAGAAAAACAAGAAGUGUGGAAAGAAGGAUACUCAAGAAAUGUCUCGGAAGAGGAGCUUGCUGGAGGGAAGAAGGUCAACAGAUGCACCCAAUGGAGGGAGGAUGUCUUCCUGUCACAACUCAAAAGAGUCUCUUAUUGACCUAAGAGAGCAGCAUAUUUCAAACGAGAGUGAAAGAAACACACACCAUAGCAAUGAAGUCAAAAAGCAGAAAGAAGGAGCCAAAGAAUUACAUGCAGAGUCUCCCCAACUCACUGACAAGCUGGAAAAAGAGAAGUCUUGUGUGGAUGAGCAGCAGUCUCUGUUUAGUCUCUAUGAGCAGAGCCAGGAACAAGUGGAGUACAUCCUGCAGCACUGGGAUCGAGCUCAAGGCUUGUUGCAAGUCCCACCAGAUGACACUGUACCAGAAAGACGUACUCCUGCUGGGAAGAGUGACAGAAAAGGCGACAGCAAGGUGCUGCCUCCAAUGCCCAGUCAGAUAGCAGUACCAACAGAAGUAGACAAGACAGGAGACAAUGAGUCUCCACCUGACAGCAUUCCUCACAUUGUGCUGAAUGUAACAGGGGAAGACCAUCCCAUUGUUACGGAGUUGCUCAAAGGUAGCACCCUGCCUCCCCUGGUUGAGGUGUUAGAUGAUCUGGGGUUGGGACCCAGUGGCCCACCCAUUCCACCUCCCACCACCUUCUCUAUAGUUCCCUUCCCAAAACACAGGAAGCAACCAAGCAGUGACCUCACCUGUGACUGUUUCACUUUUCUGGAGGAACAGAGUGAGGAGGAGGAUGAUUCACAAGUGCCUACUUUGAAGGUAAUGGAGUUAACUGUACAUAAAGAAAAGACAACAGCAGCAUCUUCCAAAACGCAUGACAGGGCCAACCUCAAGGAGAGCCAAGUAACAAAAGAAAAAGAGAAAAAGGGCAGAGAGAGUCAGAGGAGCAAGAGACGAUCCUCUGCCAAGGUGAAAGGGGAAAACAUACGCUCAACCUCAUCCAGAUCUAACAGCACUGCGCAGGACCAACACCAAGUGAACUUGGAACUGAAACGUAGCAAAGGCCUGAAAAUAUUUCGCUGGGUAGUACCUGCCAACGGAACAGUAGUCCUGAAGAUCUGGUUCUACUCAGAGUCCCCAGGGAAAUAUGAGCAGAUCUUCAAUUUUGAGCUUUCGGGAACCCAGAGGAACUACCAGCUGGUUUGCAGCGGAAUCUGCACCUAUCCUACCAUCUGCAGAGAAUACAAGACUCUUUUUGCCCACAGUAAAAAAGUACAACAAAUGGAAGAAGGGCUCCAGAAAGCAUAUGUCAUACAACCUGGAUACUUUGAGUUUGGACCAUUACUCUGUGGCAAGACCAGAGACAGAUACAAGGAAAAACAGUAUCCAGAAAACAUGGAGAGAAUUUUGAUUUGUAACAGUUCGGGUAUGCAGGCUGAAGUUCAGUUUAGUUUCCAGCAUGAUACACAAGCCACAACAUAUUUGCUCGACCCACCAACCAUGACCCUCAAACCGGAGCAGAAACAGGAGUUGACUGUGUGGGCCUACCCAACAAAAGUUGGACAGAUAAAUGACAGCCUAGUAUGCCAUAUUAAAGACAAUCCAGAGCCUGUCAUCAUCAACCUCUCCUGCUGGGGUGUGCGGCCCGAACUGAAGCUAGAGCCCAAGCAUUUGCACUUUGACAAGACUUUGCCCCACAGGCUGGACAGCCGUUGUUUAAAAAUGCAUAAUAAGACUGCUCUGCCUGUAUCCUGGAAACUGCAGGGAAUGAAGGAGCUGGGUGAUGAAUUUACUGUGCCACAUGAUCAGGGUGUCAUCUCACCUAACUCCUCUUUCUGCCUGAGCAUGCAUUUCAGGGCUCGAAAACCUGUCAUGAUUAACAAGAUCCUAUGUGUGGAGGUAUCUGAUGUGGAGAAGAUUGUAGGAGUCCUACAAACUGAAAACAUACAGGUGUCUGCUGAAGCCUAUAAUAUAGCUCUGGACAUUUCACCAGACGGCUGCUUGAACUUUGGAACCAUAAAAGUCUUUGAAGAGGCCAUGUUGUUUCUGAAGUUAAAAAAUAAAGGAAAAUAUGAAAUUGCCUACAAGUUUUCAUUUCAGCAGACUGACCCAGCCCAGCCAAACUUGGACUCCGCGUUUAGGAUUUCCCCUCAGAGUGGAACUCUAAUGCCCCAUGAUAAGCAGACAGAAGUGCAAAUCACAUGCAGACCUGCCACAGAAGUCUCACUCAAAGAGCAGCCUGUCCUGCUUUGUGAGGUGAUUGAACCAAAUAUCCGCAAAGGAGGUGAAACCAUAACCAUCCUAGCCAUUAAGGUUUCUGUCCAGGCUCUUUUCUCCAGGUAUAAGAUCACACCUGCACAUGACAUGAACUUUGGUCCACUGGUGUACGGCUGCAGACAAAGUCAGAACUUCACUAUUGAGAACACUGGAGUCUUUGAGACCCGUUUCACUAUCAGCUGCACGACCAUGGACCCUGCUGCCAUAGGAAGAUCAGGGGGUCAUGGUAAGAAGGUGCUACAAGAGAGCCUUUCAGGGGGGCCCGCUGGUGCUGAUAACAGAAACAUGGCUCCUAGACAGAAUCGCCUCAGCAUGGGACUGUUCACAGUAUCUCCCUAUACAGGGAAUCUGCAGCCAGGGUCUCAGCAGGUGGUAACUGUGGAAUGUCCAGCUGUUCAGUUGGGCAUCUGGAACCAGUUGUUAUACAUCGACAUCAGUGACCGUGACCCCUCAGACCAGCCUGAGGGAAUACAGUACAGCCUAAUGGCAGAAGUCUGCAAGCCAGGCAUAGCCUUAGAUACAACCUCUAUCUUUGAAGAACAUCAUUUGUGUACCAACAGCAGUCAACUCUCCUCUGAGCAGUUCUGUAACGCUGAUGGCAUUUAUGUCAGAGAUGAAAACAAAUUCAUUUUCCACAAAGUCCUGGUUGGACGAACUGCUAAGGCCCGCUUCAAACUCACCAACAAUGGCAAAGUUCCAUGUGUGCUCAACUUGGCAAUACAAUAUGCUGGAACUCGCCCAACCAUGAAGGUUUUUGAUUUGUGUGCUACAGCACUGAGCAUACCCAGCCAGUCACACUCAUUUGCCGAGGUCACUUUUACACCACUGACAGUGCACCUCUACAGUGCUGUUUUUGAGGCAACAAUUUCAGGAGCCAGCAACUCAUCCAGACAGACACCCAAAUUCAAGAGCAAGGUGUUGGAGUUUGAUCUAAUGGGAGAGGGAAAUCUCCCCAGUGUAUGUGUUGUGCGCCCAGCUCUGAAAAACAGCCAAGGAAACCCUAUGCUGCAUUUCAGAAGGGUCCUGAUAGGACGUAGACGCACCAUGCCUCUGGUGCUCUUAAAUGAUGGAAAUGUUCCAGCUCAGAUCCAGAUUGACAUACUUGAUAAACAUCGGGUGUUCACCCUCAGAACAGCUCCUGGCAACACAAUAAACACUAUUCACUCAACACUGCUUGAGGACUCCACCCAUUCAGAUCAUCAGUUGGUGCACAAAGCCAACCUGAGGCUGAAUGUUAACGAGCGUGCAGAAUUUGAUGUCAGUUUUUGCUCCGACAAGACCCUGAGUGUCAGGGCCAAAAUGUCACUGCAGGUGAACGACAACCAGUACAGCAUGACAACAAUAGAAUUGACUGCAGAAUCAUACCAGGAAACGGUCUCACUUGACAUCAUCAGGUCAUUGCAGGAAAAAGAUCAGGAAGAGGAGGAGGGAGGUUAUUAUGAGAGGCUGAAUUUUGGUGACUGCCAUGUAGAUUGUUCCCUCCAAGAGAGUUUCACCAUGACUAACCAUAGCAACAGCAAGGUGGUGAGAUUUGAGUGGCCUCCUGCUGGACCCCAUGUCUUCUUUUCACCACAGGUGGGUCACCUUCAUGCUGGCUGCUCAAAGGAAGUGACUGUCACCUUUGGCUCCAGUCAGCCAGUAACUCUUACCAGCGAAAUAAUGACCUGCAGGCUCUGUCAGGUGGAGUUUCAGCAGCCAUUAGAGCAGGUGGCAGACUGGGAUGACCGGCAGAGAACAGUGAAUUGGCUGAGUUCCACCAGGCAGUCUGUCAGGAAUAAGGUAACAAUGACAGAUCCUGAGCCAUGCUGCACAGUUGUUGAGGGCUCACAGUGGGAGAUGGAACUGCGUAUCAGUGCAGUGUGUGACUAUGUGAAGUUCAGCUGCAAAAAUGAAGCAAUACAUUUCAAAGACACCAUGCUUUACCAAACCAGGAUACAGCAGCUGCAGAUGGUGAAUCAGGGUACCGUCAAGCUUGACUAUAUCUGGGAAGUCCUCAUUGACCCAAGAAACACUGUCAGCUAUGACCAAGAAGGUGGUAGCCUUACCUCUAGACCAGGAAGUAGGUCAGGAGAAGUGUCAAGUGGAGCCCGUCCUUCCAGUACCCUAGGCAGGGUGAUGUCUCUUAUGAUGGGCAAUCCUGAGCUCCCCCCGUUCAGCAUUGAACCAAGAGCAGGGACCAUACAACCUGGUGAUGCAGAAAACUUCAACAUUUGUUUUUCACCUCUGGAGGUGGCCCAGUUUCAGGGAAGACUGAAUUGCAGUAUUCCCAACUUACAAGACAAUGAUCAGGCUCCCUCUAUCUUGGUGUGUGGCCGCAGCCUAUUCCCUCACUACCACUUUGACCUAGAGGACUCUGAUUAUGUCAGCUGCCGCAACUCUGAUUUAAGGCCACAUCUGGAUCCUAACAUUAGAGUCAUAGAAUUAAAUGCUGUUGGCUUUUCUGCUCCAACAACAAGAUGUUUUAGCGUGAUGAACCCAACCAGUAAGCCUUACACUUUCAAGUGGAGGUGUGAAGACACAGGUGACUGCCUUUUCCGCUGCCUUACCCCAUGUGGAACUAUCCUGCCUGGGAAGAAAGUGGAGGUGUGUUUUGAAUAUGUAGCUCAACAAAUGGAUGUGGUGGAGUCAUUCUGGAGCUUUGUGAUUGAGACUUUGUCAUUGUCCAUACCUUUCCUGUGUGUUGGCAAUGCAAGAGAACCAAAUGUGUAUCUUGACAGACCUCACCUUGACUUUGGAGAAGUCCUUGUUGGUCGCAAAGCUGAACAGGCAGUUCACCUGGUGAAUGGAGAAGAGGAGCCCUUCCACUUCUCUGUUGUGCCCUCAUCUCUCAUAUGUGAUGACCAGGAGUCUACCCUCAUUUUGCAGCCUAUGUCAGGCACACUGGCCCCCAAAGACAGGUUGACCUUGUCAGUGUCCUUCAUGCCUCGCCAGGAGGGCUGCGUGAGCUUCAGAUUGGUUCUGAGGACAAAGAGGAAGUCAGAGCCGCUCAGACUUGUCGUCAAGGCCAGUAGUUUCACCAUUUCUUUUCAAGCUGAAAAGCAAGAUGGAGGCAUCAGAGUGAUGAGACCUGACCACCAAGACUGUCUGGACUUUGGAAUGGUUGAGAUUUUUGAGCAGUCAACCAUUAAUCUGAAGGUGUCUCAUCCAGCGAAAUUCAACCUGGAGCUGAAGUUUGACAUAACAGGGCCAAGUGAGCUGCUUCAAUACUUGGAAGCAAAACCACAAAAUGCGAUCAUUGAAUGUGGGAAUCAGUUGCAGUCAUCACUCUUCUUUUGCCCCCGGAGCAUUUGUAACCUCAAAGAUGCCAGACUGAGUGUCAAGGUAAAGCAUGGGCCAGUGUACACUUUUGCCAUUAAAGGCAGCGCAGUUGCAUCUAGUCUUCAUUUUUCCUUCACCAAAUACAACUUUGGCAAGUGCUUUCUGUACUGUCCUGGCACAGAGCCAGCCUCACAAACCCUAAAGAUCAGCAACAGGGAUGAGCGGGAUGUCAGUGUCCAGUGCAAGUUUAAGAACACUUCUUACAUGGAAGUGGACUGUAAACCAGAUGUUUUGUCCCCUGGUGCUAUGCUGGAAGUACCAGUCAGGUUCUAUCCUCGUGAGGCUUGUGGUUACCAUGAAAAGCUACAUUUCAUCCUGAACAGUGGUGUCACAAAAAAGGUGGACAUAAUGGGCCGAGGUGUUGAACGAAAGCUGGAGGUUGAAGAUCCAAAACAGAGGACAGUAAAACUAGGAUCACUGAUGAUUGGUCAAAAGGUGAAAAAACGAGUGGCUCUGGUGAACCACAGUGUUUUAGAUCUUUCCUUUACUCUGCUGCUCAGCACAAGCAUCCCAUUCGACCAAAAGGAUCUCUCUUUCAGUCCUGCAGGUGAGCUGACUCUGAAAGCCAGAGGUGGAUCAUGCAAUGUUGAGAUCCAGUUCUCACCUCACCAGCACAUACCUCCCUUUAGUGCUGAGCUACAGGCUGAGUUCCCAGGCCUGUUACACCCCCUGCUGACCAUUCAAGGCUGCUGCAAGGGUGUGGAGGUCAAGCUGGAUCAGGUCCACCUAGCAUUUGGAGUUGUUGUCCAGGGCUGUCAGGCUAAGAAGAAGAUAGUUAUGAUGAACACUGGGGACAUUGGUGCUAAAUUCCAGUGGAAAACAGAGCAUUUUCCAGCAGAGUUGUCGAUUACACCAGCCAAAGGCUAUAUCUCCCCAGACAAAGAUAUUCCUUUUGAAGUGACCUUUAGCCCUGUGGAACUGAGUGAUGACACAAGAUAUGAGAAUGUGUCCUGCUGCGUGGAGGGCCUCUCCUCACCUGUUACUCUCACUGUGACAGGCUCCUGCAUGGUAGCUUCCACUGGCAAAGAGGUGGUGAACUUUGUUUGCCCAGUGCGUAAUUCUCACACACAGACCCUGCCAGUGACCAACCCCACAAGUCAGCACUGCAGCAUCAGGCCUGUCAUUGAGGGAGAGCAGUGGAGUGCUGAGCCCUCUGUGAACUUGGAGCCUUUUCAAAACAUGAUGUACAAGAUCACCUACAAACCACUGACCAUGACUCCUGAUAAAAAGAAACACAUGGGAUCUGUCUUUUUCUCAUUCCCUGAUGGGAGCGGCAUGCUGUACUCCCUGCAGGGAACUUCUGAGCCUCCUAAGGCAGAGGACAUCAUUCAGCAUGAACUGCCUGCCAAGACUCUUCACACACAGAUGCUCCCUGUACACAAUUGGCUAUCCAAGCAACAGCGAUUUCAUGUGCUGAUGGAGAUCCUCAAACCUGACAAGACAGAUGAAACAGUGUCCCUGAAGGGUGUUGAUUACAUACAUGUCCCUCCCUUGGCCAAAAGAGACUACAAGAUGUCCUUCUUUUCAUACAGACAGGGGCAGUUCACUAUAAAGGUGACUUUUAGUAACAUGACAACCGGUGAGUACUUGUUUUACCUUGUUACAUUCAAGGUAACAUCUCCAGGAGUACUAUCUACUAUACAGAUGGAGGCAGCUGUCCGUCGGACAGUCUCAGCCACUGUGGAGGUGGAGAAUCCUCUGACUACAGCUACCUGCCUCAGCAUUGAGUGUAACUGUCCCGAAAUCAGUGUCCCAACUCAGCACACAGUGCCAGGACAGUCCAAGAGUUCUCUGAGCUUUGAGUACAGGCCCCUGCGUGCAGAUGAGUUGACAGCCAGACUGACACUAAGUAAUGAUGAUCUGGGUGACUUCCAUUACGAACUUGUCCUCAGAGCUCUGCCCCCUCCACCAGAGAAAACCAUCCACUUCAACACCUCUCUGGGGAGCAGCCACUCUGUUCUUGUUAAAUUCAUCAACUACUCUUACUUCAAAACUAAGUACUCAUGUAAGACCGAUUGCCCUGACUUCACAGUGGAUAGGACUGUUGAUGCAUCUCCAGGUGCCCAGGCGGGGUCAGAGGCCAGCGUGGAGGUUUCUUUUGAACCUUAUAAGUUGGGAGAAGUGAGAGGUCAGCUCAUCUUGUGCUCUGGAAUUGGUGGGGAAUAUGUCUUUCCCUUACAUGGGGCCUGCCAUCCUCCCAAACCUCAGGGUCCAUUUAGCAUCAGGGCAGGUCACGAAACCACUAUACCCUUCAAGAACGUGUUCCUACAGACCACUGCUUUCUCUUUCCAGGUUGACAACCCCUGCUUCAUUGUCAAAGGAGUCGAUACCAUCCCCUCCAAAAGGAUUUACAACAUCCCAGUCUCCCUCGAUGUCACUUCAGAAAGCUCAGCAGGGCCAUGGUUUGGCAGGCUGACAGUCUCCAGCCAGCGCUCUGAGGGCCACAGACAGCCUUGCUCUUGGGUCUAUUAUUUGAAGGGCUACCGCCCAGGGUCGUCCUGAGGAGAUGUCAACACACACUGAAACACAUGCAUUUAACUGUGCACACACUCAAGAGACAAACUGAUGCCAAGUAAGAGUUGUGUGUUUUGAUAGCUUAUUUAUUUACUUUUGAACCCAGAUUUUUAAAAAGCCAAAAUGAAA